AUGUCAAUGCCUGUUGUUUAUUCGCCACCUGUAAUACCAAUAUAUCUUCGUAUUAGACAUCGUUUUCCUAAAUCAGCAAUCCCACCACCACCGUCUCCAGCAAAUCUUUCUAAUGAAACAUCAGCGAAUGAACCACUGAAACAAACAUCGAUUAAACAUGAUGCUAAUACUCGUGGUCUUCUUCUUGGUGAUCUUUCAUUUCUCUCUCGUCCACCACCAAAUAUAAGUGUUCCACCACCAAAUGUAGAUGUACCACAUCCAUCGAAAGUAGACGUAACAUCAGUAAAACCAACAACAAUUCCAACACCAUCACUUGAAUGUGAUAUUGAAAAAGAACGUUCAUCACAUAUAACUCCUAUACCAACAAAUGCUGCUCGAACACAAUUUCUUGAUGCUAUUAAAGAUCGAUUUACAUCAUCAUCUGAUUGUGUACAAAUGACUGAACGUCAAUCAUUGGAAGUUGCUCUUGAAAGCGAUUUAAAAACAGCUGUUUCAAUGAAUCUUUAUGGUAAUUUAACUCGAUCUAUAUCUGAUUGGAAAACAAAUCCAUUAUUAUGUAAACGUAUGAAUGUUCCUAAUCCAUAUCCAGAUGAUGCAUAUGAUGAUUCGAAAGAAUCGAAAAAAUCUCGACGACAAUUAUAUCAAGAACGUCCUCCAUUGGAUUUGUUUUCGGCAAUUUUCGACAAUCAACAUUCUGAUGACGAGAAUGCUGAUGAACAAGAAGUCGAAGAAAAAAAGAAUGAUGAUAUACCGAUACCAAUUAAUCUACCAAGUUCUAUUGUAUCGAAUCCUACUAUCACAAAACCAUUAGCAUCAUCAUCGUCAAUAACAUAUCAAAGUGAUCAUGCAGAUAGUUCCGAUUCUAGUAUUGAAGAAAUUGGAGUUUCAGAUAAAUCAUCUCUUGUUUAUGAACCAGCUGUACCCAGUAAUCUUCCAUCUUGUUCCAAAACAGAACAUGAUAAAUCAAUAUGGACUAAAUUAGCAAAUACAAGUGCACAAUAUGAAGAAUUAAAACAUAAGAAAAAGAAAAAACAUCAUAAAAAGGUUUGA